UGUUCGACACGUAGACAGACUCACAAACCGAUAGAGGAACAAAAAUGAACGUGUGGACUUCUCCAUAGUUUAUUCAUUCCAAAGGACGACUUUCGCUUUCUUGUUGCAAGAUGGAAGCAAAAUAUAAUUUAAGAAGCCCAGGCGUCAAACGCUUGAUGAGGGAAGCCAAGGAACUUAAUGAACCAACAGAGCUCUAUUUUGCCCAGCCCCUCGAGGAUAAUUUGUUUGAGUGGCACUUCACUGUGCGUGGCCCCCCUGACAGCGAUUUUGCUGGUGGACGAUAUCAUGGCCGGAUAACCCUACCACCUGAGUAUCCCAUGAAGCCACCCAGUAUUAUGUUACUAACGCCAAAUGGUCGAUUUGAAGUAGGGAAGAAAAUCUGUCUAAGUAUGUCAGCCCACCAUCCUGAAACAUGGCAGCCAUCGUGGAGCAUUCGCACAGUGCUCAUGGCAUUGAUUGGAUUCAUGCCGACUCAAGGAGCCGGAGCAAUAGGCUCACUGGAUUACACUCCACAGGAAAGGAAGGUUCUGGCAAAAAAGUCACUUGAGUGGAAGUGCAAUGGUUGUGGCAUAUGUAUUAGGACAGCUCUGCGAGAGACUACUGGUGAUUCAUCUAAAGAAGCAGAGAAAGAAGCUGCAGAGUUAGCAGCACAGAUCACUUUUAAGGGAGAGAAUGAAAAGGAGAAAACCUCUGAUAAAACCACAGCAACACCAGUGCCUACUGAAACAAUCCAGUCACAGGCUGCAACAACAGAAUCUAUUUCUAUGGCUAGUCCACAGAUGGGAGCUUCACCUAUGGGCGUACCUCCACAGUACUAUGCCUCCUAUCAGUCAGCAUACCCUUAUUAUGCAACAGGAUACCCAAUGUACAACAUGAUGAAUGCAAAUCCUCUAGCGGCACAAGCUCAUCAAAAUACUGCACCACCUUCUACAGUGUUGCCUAAUCAGACAGGCAGCGUUCCUUUACCAGCCAAUCAGAAUGCAGGAGAUAGUGGCACAGCUAGUAGUGUACGUCAAAGGACUGCUGUCAAUCAUUCUACUGUGGGACAAAAUACUCCUCCGCUGGCAGGAAAUCUUUCUCAGGGUAAUAGUUCUGUUAUCCAAACACAGCCUCGCGUGACGCAAAGCAGCAUGGCCUCGUUAAUUGUAUUAUGGGUCCUGGCUGUGUCUAUUGCUGCAUUGGUUUGUAGAAGACUCUUUAUGGUAUCAUAAUGUCACGACACCAAAUUUUAGCCCUUGAACACUGUAGUAAGAGGGUAAUACUGGGCAGUGAGAGGUAAUUACAUUCAACUUCAGGAGGGGCAUGGUACAUAUCCCUCUAAAUCCUGAAAGAUUCCUUGCAUAGGAUUUUUAACUUUGCUGUCUAACAGGAAUUAAUGAUAAAGAAAUCUUGUAUUUACUGUCACAGUGCAUAGCCAGCUUGUCACACCUUGCAUAAGGCCAUGAUUUUAUUAAUCAUAGGCGGCAAGUUUAUUUCAAACUUGACAAUGCAUCACGUGGUAAAACCAUUUGAAACACGUGACUACCGUUUUUUGAUCACAUGUCAAGCUACGGUUUGAAUGGGCCUGUGGUCUCUCCUUGAUGUACAUGUACAUGAACAUGGAGAAAAUUGAAGUUUUAAAGUUAGUUCUUAAGCCUUGUAAAAAAUAAAUGGUACCUUAAGGGAAGGGAUUAGCAAUAAAAAAAUUCAAUGCUUUAA